AUGGAGGCUGCGAAUUCCGCCAACGAGGCCGUGGUGGAAGUCGACGACGAUGCCGUUCGCUUCGAGGAUUUGACCGUCGACGACGAUCUGCCGAUUCUAGAACGGGUCGUCCGCUACAGUCGGUCGCAGAUUGCCCUACAGCGCCUAGUGCACGUUAAGAUGCUGGCGGAAACAGCCGAAAUUGUUGGGCAACGUUCGACACAAGAAGUGUUAAUCCCCUUGCUGCGAUCGCUGGUCAGCGAUCCGGAAAGUAUCAUUCGGCAACACGUUUCUACACAGCUCGUCCCCGUCUGCAUCGUUUGCAUGGUCAAGAACGUCAGCAACGUCGCCGAACUCGUACAAAACCCCGUCUUCUCUAAAGAUUACGACGAAAAGGGUUACACUCUCGUUACCACAACCGUGCUCGGACAUAUAAACACGCUCCUGGAGGAUUUUGAUCUGGAUGUCCGUAGAGCGGCCGCCGACGCUCUUUCGGGACUCGCUUUGCAAAUUCGACCCGCUGAUGUUCCCCAGGCCUUGCUCCAAAUCCCUCUCGCGCUCGCCGCAAAGUUACCGAAAAAUCCACACGCCAAGAAAAAGACCGAAGCGGAUCAGCACGUUGAGGAAUUGCGCAUCACGGCGGGUAAUCUGUUGGCCGAACUUGGUGGUGCCGCCUCGGAACACUCCACUACCUUACUCGCAUCGUCCACGUACGUUUCUGGAUUGAUUCUCCCAGCCGUCCUGAAAUUGUGUGACGACGUUUCCUUCCGUGUCCGACGAAGUGCGGCCCAAGCCUUGCCACGCAUUCUCGGAGCAUGCUCGUUGAACGAUGUGGAGGAGACUAUUCUACCGGCGUUCGAUCAAUUGAGUCGAGACGACUUGUAUCGCGUUCGGAAAUCCACAGGCGAGUGUCUGGUGGAUAUGAGUAGAUCCAUGAUGUUACUGGCGGCGAGUAACAAAAAGGCUGAAAGAACGCUUUACAAAUUAAGACGCGAGACACUAAUUCCUAUUGCCGAUCGCUUGAUUCAAGAUUCGCAUAAAAUGGUCCGUCAAGGUAUGAUGCAGUUUCUGGGACCCUUCAUGGCUAGCUUUUAUCCAUACCAGACGUCUGCUCUGCGCGAUUUAUUGCCCGGCACUGUCGAAUCGGACGGCAGCAAUCACAUGGGGAUCGUGGCCCAAUUCUUUCCGCACGCCACAUCCAUGGUGUCCCGUCUCAACUCGGCACAAAACAUUAGCAUGUCGGCACCUACCCCGGUGAACGUACAUUUGGACGAAAUUUUACACCGUGUUCUAUCCGAGAUGGAUGUUUUGCACCAGGCACUGCCGGCAUUUUUGCAAGCCUCCCGCAUGUCGGCGCUGUCACUAGCCGCCGUCGCGACCCACCGGAAUCGUAACUUACCGGACUCGGAAGACGUUGACGUACUGAUAGACAAACUAUUGGAUUACUUUGCCGCACUCGCAAUUGUAUCGACGGGCGACGAAAACACCGACGCGGAAAUGCGUGUAUACUGUGCGUAUAGCUUUCCCGCUCUUAUAUUGCUACUGGGAGCGGACAAUUGGGAGGGGGCGAUGCGUACAUGCUUUUUUACACUCAUGAACCCGAACUAUGCCAAAACUCAACAACCGGAAGAAAAGCAGUCCGACCCGGCGGAAAAUCUGAACGUCGCCGAGCCACCCCUGCCAGUGAAACGCUGUUUGGCGAGUAGUUUACACACGGUUGCCAACAUCCUGGGACCCGAGCUGGCCGCCUCCGAUAUUGUACCUGUUCUGCAGGACUUCUUUUUGAAAGAUCCAGAUGAAUCCGUACGACUGAACGUCAUUCGCAACUUUCCAGCAUUGUUGCAAGUGCUCUCCCCUUCUGAUCGCAAGGGCCCCUUUCUCAUGUGGAGCGAAAUUGUCCGUGGUGAAGAGUUGCUGGGUAUCAAGAAGCGCAGUGCACACAAUCCGGUUGUGCUUAACUGGCGACAGCGUGAUUAUUUGGCGCGAUCUCUGCCGGAUCUGAUUGGUUUGGUGGAGCCGUCUCUGGUGCACGAACAUAUCUGGCCCAUUAUGAAAACGCUCUUAACCGAUGCGGUCUCUAUAGUCCGAGAUGACGCCAUUUGGUCGAUUGCCAUGAUCCUUAAAGCUUAUUGCUUGGAGUCAUUGCAGGCAUGGCCGAAUGUGUCCAAUUUUCGAGCUUUCGGUGCUCAAUCGUGUGCGGAAGUCAUUGAUUGGUUGAAAGAAAGUAUUCUCAAGCUGGGAGUACCUAGAGAAGCUCGUAUAAAACCCGUCAACUUUUCGGAGCGCCAGCUAUACUGUCGAAUUUGCGCCACGCUAGGAUUGGCCCUGCGCUUUAGUGAACAGAUUGAAGGGGACAAACAAGACCCAGUCUCGGUGUUGAGUGGCAAGUUUAAGACGUUUUUCUUCCCAAAGUCGAAAAAUCUGCAAGACGACCUCCCAGGGCCGUAUCAAGCCAUGACCAAGUCGGAACAGAAACACCUUCGACGCCUUCUGCUGAACGAGCUAUUGCCUCCAGCAUUGGAAAUGAAAGAAGAUCGGAUAUCUAACGUCCGCGUGUCUUUAAUGAAAACUCUGCAACUCAUGCCAGCCGAAAUUCGUGCAACGCCUCUUGUCCAACCAGUUCUUCAGGGUUUGGUCGAGGAAGUGGAGACAUGGGAAAAUUUUGCAAUUUCUGAUCAGCCAGUGCCCAACCCGCUAAAGCAAUCCGCAUCACAGGCUGCGCUGUAUCAGCCCGCGCAACGCUCACUUGCCAGUGGUGCUGUGUCGCCACGAGCGCAACAGAGUGUCCCGGUGGAUUUAGAUGCGGAGAUGCCCGACGACCGACGGUCGUCUUCGGACGACUCGAGUGCAUCAGCAGAGGACGUUGCCGAAUCGUCAGAUUGGAAGACGGUAGUGUUUCAAGCUGGACCGAUCGGCAUGCAGCUGGAACCCACUGCCGAUGAUCGUGCUUGUCGGGUUUAUGGUUUUUUGGAUUCGGGUGAUGGAAAGCCGUCACCGGCGCGGCAUUCGGGCAAGAUUGAGUUGGGCGACGUCAUCGUCAAGGUGAACGGUAAAGAUGUACAUUCCUACGACGACACGAUUGCGGUUCUCAAAGCAGGUGGCCGUCGGGAAAUCACUUUUCGACAGGGAACAGCCGACGACGAUUACGACGACGACGAAGAAGAAGAGAGUGUAGGAGGAUUUUCGUCUACCGACGACGAAACCGAUCGAAAAGAACGGGAACGCAAGGCAAAGAAGGAAGCCAAGAAGGCAAAAAAGGCCAAGAAGGAAACAAAGAAGAAAAGCCGUGACAAGAAAAAGGACAAACGGAAAAAGGAGGAAACAGGAUGA